ACUGACGCGUUUUACGUCACUUCCGCAGAGGAAGUCAGAUGUUGCGGGAGUCUCGUGCGUGUUGAGCUCCAAGGUGAGGUGAACAUGUGGAAGCUGCUGCAGGUGUCGCUCCGCAGCGCGGGCUGGAGGAGCGUUUGUUUCCCUGCCCGCCGGCUCCCCGCGGCGGGGUCACGCCGGGUUCCCGCCCGCCAACUCUGCAGCAGACCCGCCGGAGGAGGAGCCGCCCGGAGCUGCACGGUGGACCCGAACCUGGAGGAACAGUUCGUGUUCCUGGACUGCACAGAAGACGAUCCGCGUCAGGAGGAGAAAGACCUCGUCCUCCACCAGAUCUCUGAUCAGCAGCGGAUCUCUGAUCAGCAGCGGAUCUCUGAUCAGCAGCGGAUCUCUGAUCAGCAGCAGAUCUCUGAUCAGCAGCAGAUCUCUCCGGUGAAGCAGCUCAGGUCUCUGGAGCGUCAGCUGCAGGUGUUGAAGGGCGUGCACCCGCAGGAGGCGGAGCCUGACUCUCUCAUUCAGUUUGAUGACGUGGACUUCCCGCUGGACCCGAGCAUGGUGGCCUCCCAGAGGAAGAGGAAGGUGAAGACAGGUGAGCACAAGAUCUUCGGGACUCCGGACGUGGACCAACCGGUGAGCGACACCUGCUGCUCGGGCUGCGGCGCCGUCCUACACUGCACCACCGCUACCGUCCCCGGAUACCUGCCCAGCGAGAAGUACAAGGUGCUGCUGCAGGAGGAGCGUUUGGGCGGCGCCACCUGCCAGCGCUGCUACCUGCUGACUCACCACCACAAGGCCUUGAACCUGCAGCUGUCCAAGGACGAGUACCGGGCCGUGGUGCGGCAGAUCCGGCCCCUGAAGGCUCUGGUGCUGCUCAUCGUCGACCUGCUGGACGUCCCCGACUCCAUCGUCCCCGACCUGCCGGAGCUGGUGGGCGCCAACAAACACGUGGUCGUCCUCGGCAACAAGAUCGACCUCCUGCCCGCAGACUCGCCCAACUACCUGCAGCGGAUCAAACGCCAGCUGUCUCGGUACUGCCGGGACGCCGGGUUCGGCGAUCAGGUGACUGACGUGCACCUGAUCAGCGCUAAGACCGGGUACGGCGUCGAGGGUCUGAUCUCCAGCCUGCAGCGGUCCUGGAAGUACAAAGGUGACGUGUACCUGGUGGGAAGCGCCAACGCGGGGAAGUCGACGCUCUUCAACACGCUGCUCGAGUCCGACUACUGCAAGUCCAAAGCCUCUGAUGUCAUCCAUAAAGCCACCAUAUCCCCGUGGCCUGGGACGACUCUCAACCUGCUGAAGUUUCCGAUCAUCAAUCCGACGCCGUACCGGAUGUUCCGGCGGCAGGAGCGUCUGAACGAAGCGUCGCGACAGACUGAGAGCGAGCUGCCGCCUGAAGAGCUGAAGAGGCUGCAGCACUUCAGCCGGCAGGGAUACUUAGUGGGUCGUGUGGGCAGAACCUUCCGGACUGAAGCCGGAUCCAGACGGGACGAGAUCGAGUUCGACGCUGACAGUUUGGCUUUUGGAGAGAACGAAGACGGAGAGAUGACAGCGGCAGCUCCCAGCAGGUCACCUGACGAGUUCACCUACAACGAGCUGAAAGAUGCUCACUGGCUGUUCGACACGCCGGGGAUCAUGAAGGAGCACGAUCUCCUCAGCCUGCUGAACGAACAGGAAGUGAGGUCAGUGGUUCCCUCUCAGGCCGUCGUCCCGCGAACGUUUGUGUUGAAGCCUGGAACCAGUCUGUUGGUGGGAGCUGUGGCCCGGAUCGACUUCCUGCAGGGGGAGAAGUCCUGCUGGUUCUCGGUUGUGGCCUCCGGUCGGGUUCCGGUUCACGUCACCAGUCUGGAAAAAGCCGCCGGCGUUUAUGAGAAACACGCCGGACACGUCCUGCUGGGGGUGCCGCAGGGAGGGUUGGAGCGGAUGAAGGAGUUUCCGGCGUUGGUUCCUCAGGAGUUCAGGCUGGAGGGUCGAGGUUACCUGGAGGCGGCGGCUGACAUCAAACUGUCGUCUGCAGGUUGGGUGGCUGUGACGGCGGUGGAAGGCGAGCAGCUGCUGCUGAGGGUUCACGGUCCGGCGGCGGCAGGUUUCAGUCUGAGGACGCCGCCGCUGCUUCCUCACAUCGUCUCUCUGAAGGGAGAACGAGUCCGAAAAUCUGCCGCCUACAAACCGGUGAAGCCGGCGGGGCUGCUGGACGGCGGACUGUCGGCCCGCGGAGCCGAGAGGCUGCAGGUGGUGAAGAAGAAGAAGAAGAAGAAGAUGAUGAUGAAGAAGAAGAUGUGAACUCAGACAUCCUGCAGAGGACGCUCAGAUCCUUCCCGUCUCUGAGUCGUUUAUUUAUUCUGAAACAUUUUCUCUGCAGACAGAUGUUGGUGUGUGAGUGUUUGUGAGUGUGAGUGUGUGUUUGUGUGAGUUUGAG